UCGAAGUAGGCGGGUGUUUCGUCUCUUUGAUCUUAACCGUCCUGCCUGAGAGCGUUGUUUCCUAAGAAGUUUUAUGUCCCCUGCGAAGAGGUUGCAAUUUUAUUCGUGGCUUUUGUACUCGUGAGAUUCUUUAGUUCAAAGUUAGAGCACAGCAUUACGAUAAACUGACCUCUCCGUAAAUAGACAACUUUGCUGAAAACUUGAUUACAUAAUCACAAAGGCGGGUUUGAUAAAGGCAUUGAAAAAGAAAAAACUAACCUUUCCAUUCUGUGUAAUUGAUUAUAAACAUAAUAGUUCAAUUAGAUUAAAAGAUUUUAUCAUGUGAAUAAUACCAGUGACUACCUUUAUUUGAUAGCAGUCAACGUCAUUCCAAAGAGAGAAACAUAUAUAAUAUCAAUAUUUCCGUAAGUACUCGAAUGCUUGUAGGACCCAAGAAAUGAUAAGUAAUGGUAUAUGUACAAAUCAAAAGAAAUUAAACCUAUUGCGUAGUACGUAGGCAAACUUCUACCUUGAACCUCAACCAUUGGAAACUUGAUUUUUCUCUUUAAUAUCUUUGUUAAUCGAGUGAAGUAUAAAAUUAUAUACUGUGAAAAACUCGGAGCUAUAUUCACGGUUUUGCAUCAGAUGGUCCUUCGCAUAAACAAUGGAGACUCACUUACUUCUGUUCGUUAUUAGUGCCACUAUGAGGAUGACCUCUGGUGACGACAUGCUCCUGAUGCCUUCCUUGGUGACCGAUCAGCCUUACUUCGACCCCACCAUGAAGGCCAACCAGACAGCCCACGUUGGGCGACAGUGCGAACUCCACUGUCGGGUGCAUUCUAUUGGGAACAGGACCGUAUCGUGGCUCAGAGGCCGGGACCUGCGUAUCCUGACGGUUGGCCGCUACACCUAUACUUCAGACCUCCGUUACGAAGCCCUCCAUCAGGAGGGGACGAACCAGUGGACUUUGAGGAUCAAGUCAGUUCAGCCUCGAGAUCAGGGCAUUUACGAGUGCCAGAUCAGCACAAAGCCCAUCAAGGCCUUCACCACUUAUCUCAAAGUGUUGCAGCCCCGAAGCGAGAUCCUGGGCUCUCCUGACCUCUACGUCCAACGAGACAGCAUGAUCAACUUGACCUGUAUCCUACAUGACCUUCCAGAACCACCGGCAUUUGUACUCUGGUACCACACCAACAAGUACCACAAGAACAGGAACAUCAGCUACAGCAGCAGCAGAGGAGGUGUGUCCAUGAUUGUCGAAAAAGGUCCAACCACCACCAGUUACCUGCUGAUCCAGGCGGCCCGUGUGUCAGAUUCGGGAGUGUAUACCUGUGCCCCCUCCAACAUCAAUGCCACCAGAGUUACAGUUCAUGUCCUUAAUGGGGAAUUUCCAGCAGCCAUGCAGACGAAUGGCUCCGUCGUUAUCGGGAGGGCGGCUGGAGGAACGUCUGGCCCGGCUGUCGUGGUUCUGCUCGUGACGAUGUUCGCCAGGUUACUCCUACACUUCUCCUUCCACGUUACUUAGAAUGUCUAGGAGUCCAAGGCGGGAGCAUCUUCGCCAGGCGCCUACAGGAUACCCGGUGGAAGGACUACUAGAAUGGCCUCAGUUUUGGGCACAAAAAAGCCCACCUUGGCCCAUGGCUUCUACUCGCUAGUCGUGAAGAGCAGGCCAACCAACAUGGUGCAAAAUCCUUUUAGACCUCACCAAUACGUGUUCUGUACAGCGAAACGUACCAAACCGAAGUAGCGUAUGAAUUUGUAAUGGAAGUGAAUCGUUAUUUGUAAACCAAACUUUGCCUGUACAUUGAUCGAAUGGGAAAUAGACUUUUAUAAAGUGAACUAGAGUGAUAUAAAUACUAAAUAUUCAAAUACAUAUAUGAAGUCCAGUGCAGAAUUAUAAAAUCAACAACGUACGAACAUAGUGCUAUACAUUUGCUAAACUGUCCUAGUGUUGUAAGUGUACAGUGGAAGUGUGAUGUGCUGUAAAACAAGCGUAUAUAUAUAUAUAUAUAUAUAUAUAUAUAUAUAUAUAUAUAUAUAUAUAUAUAUAUAUAUAUAUAUAUAUAUAUAUACAUAUAUAUGUAUGACGGUAAUAUAAAAUGUACAAUGAACCAAGGACGAACUUGAUACUCUGAUAAGUUACGUAAGUUUAGUAAAACGUAGUUUUAAAACACCAUUCAUUGAAACUGGCUAUCAAACUGUUUCGAUAGUUAUAGAUAAUAGAAUUUCUUCAUUUUCCUAAACUGGAUCAUUUUGUAACGGAAGGAAAAUUGUCAGUCAGAAGUGACUCUUUUACAAGCCCAACCAAAGCAGUUAGUUUGGACCAUCGUGAAACGAAUUCAUAUUUACAUCGAGGUGAAAAUGUCGAGAGGGGAAAUAUCUGUUAACUGAAAACAUUGAAUCCUUUAGGAAUUGAGACGUGGAUAUU